AUGUGCGACGCCGACGUUCCUGAGUGUGUCGAAGACACCGAAUUGUCCACGCUGGAAACGAAAGUGCUCCGCUGCAACUUGAAUAAUGCAGCAGAAGCAGAACAGUGGAUGCGCAACUACAGCGCCGAAACCAACACAUCGUGGAUUGUGGACUGCGUUGCCACAAAAUGCACAAGAAUGGUCUUCCGCAAGGUGUGGCGGUGUCAACACCACAAACGAAACAAAAUUACUGCACGGCGCAACACUGACUGCCCAGCAAAACUCGAUAUAAAAAUUAAGAAAGUGAACCCUGACACCCAGAGAAAUUAUAAGUAUUUGUGCAGAAGCACUCCCCUCCCAGCUGUGAUCAAAUUGGCUGCAACACAUAAUAACAGCACAGAAUGCGCUGACUCACUGAAGUUACUGCGUGCCAGCCCAGAAACAAGGGCCGCAUUCGAUGCAUAUUUCGAGGCUGGUUUCACGCCUGCAGCUGCCAUUCGGCACCACGAGGAGGCACUAGCAAUGCAAGACAACAGCCACAUUCUGCUUGCGAAUGAUUGUGAAAUUCACUUGAUGACCGUAUGCUCGCAUUAUGCAGGGACAUGCAUCUACACAGCUGGCACACCAGACUGCUGGGCGGUGCUUGUGGUCACUCCUAUCAUGCAGCGAGCUCAGUCUCUGGAUGCCGCUCAGGAGAUAAUAUUUGUUGAUUCAACCUCCUCGUGUGAUGUGACAAGAAGCACAGCGACAAUCAUGCUUACCACCACAAAAGCUGGUGCCGUGCCUAUUGCUGUGUUGCUGCACAGCUCUCAAACCACGGAGGGCUACAGCCUUGCCUUCCAACUGCUCAAGGAUAGCUGCCCAUCAUGCUUCGGCAACAGACAGGCUCCCUUAGUACUGAUGUCAGACAAUUCCCGUCCCGAAAAGGACGCUUUGAAAAAGGCAUGGCCCGCAGCAGAACAGCUCCUAUGCCAGUUUCAUGUGCUGCAAGCAGAAUGGCGCUGGCUGACUGCAGCGAGUAACAAAGUCCCCAAGGAAGACCGACGUCAACUGAUGGCUGCCUUCCAAAAGGAAGCAAAAGAGCACCUCCGCACUGUUGGCCAUGAAGGCUAUGUCCACCGAGUUGAGGCAUUUCUUUGCUGCGAAAAAGAAUGGGUACAGAUGUACCGAACAAAUCUUGCAACAAGGGGGCACAACACAAAUAACUAUUCAGAAGCCUCAAUAAGAAUUCUCAAAGAUGUUGUCCUUUGCCGUACAAAGGCAUACAAUGCAGUUGCCUUGGUCGAGAUAAUAGUCUCGACUUGGGAGAAGUAUUUUGAGACCAGGCUUCUGCGGCAUGCGCACCACCGAGAGGCAUCACAUCGCCUCACGUUUGAACACCUGCUGCAAGACCUUCCAGAGCUGCCCGCAGGGAGUGUUACCAUAUCUGGUGAAACAUACUAUGUGCCCAGUUCCUCCAGCAACGCAACAUAUCAGGUACAAGCUGAUGUGGGCAUUUGCACCUGUUGGGUAGGCAGCCAAGGUGCCUUCUGUAAGCACCAGGCUGCAGUGCAGAGGGCCUUCGGAGGGUGCUUCCCUAAUAGCCCUAAGCUUACACCAGCAGACUGUAAGCAGCUUGGGCAGCUUGCAUUAGGUGAGCGAUGCCCCCCGCUGGAUUUCUUUUUACCAAUGAGGCCAACACAACAAGGCGAUGCCCCCAGUGAGCCAAUAGAAGAUGAAGCCCUCAACAUGGCGGAAAGUGCCUCAGGCGCGCCAUCGCAACAACAGCCAUGGCAAAGAAUUGCUCCGAACUCCUGUCCACAGCCAGGACCAAGCACCACUCCCGACUUCUGUCCUCAGCCAGGACCAAGCACUGCUCCCGACUUCUGUCCUCAGCCAGGGCCAAGCACUGCUCCCGACUUCUGUGCACAACCGGAGGUAUUCUGA